CCUCGGGAGCGGCUGUAUUGGGAGAUGGGCCUUCACAGAGGUGAUUAAGGUAAAACAGGGUCACUGGGGAGGGGGGCCUGAUCCUAUAUGACUGGGGUCCUCAUAUGAAGAGGAGGUCAGGACACAGACAAACACACACACACAGGGUGACCCUGUGAGGACCGAGGGAGGACACGGCUGUCCACACGCCAAGGAGAGAGGUCUCAGGGGGAACCAGCCCUGCCCACACCUGGAUCUCAGGCUCCCCACCUCUAGGACAGAGGACAGUAAGUGUCUGGUUUAAGCGGCCUGUCUGUGGCAUUUGUCACGCAGCUCUAGCUGACUGAUAACAGGUCCCAUGUGCUUGGUUAGGGGGCGUAUUUGGCUUCUGGGACCGGUCCUGACUUGGAAGUGGCACAAACCAAAGAAGCUGUGGUUGCUGACCCAGUCUGGGCCGACUGACACAGAGGUGGUGGCGUCCGGGGCUGGCAGCUGCCGGCUGUGGGGCAGGGCUCUAUCUGAGCUCUAUGGCCGGCCUGGCGUCAUGCAUAUUCAGCCUCCAGGACAAAAGAGUGUUUAGGGUUCCACCGUAGAGGUACUUGGCGACUCAUAAGGGCGGUUUCUGAAUGGCGCAGAAAGGAGCAUGACCUCAAGGACGGACCACAGCCAGGCCCUUCCUUCCCCAUGGGGCUGGCCACCCUGGGAGGCCUCGCUCGCACUUGCUGGUUGUGGGGAAAACCCGCAAACCCUGACUGCUGAGCCACGCCCACCAUAAGGGGGCACCCAGCUUUGGGAGGCUUUUAUUGAGGGACAAGUUUUCAAGCACCAUUAUCACGCUCGCGAUGAAGCAGAGUUGGGGUGCAUUUUUAAAGGUGAACCCUAACCGAGGGCCAGUAGUGUCUCUGCCAAGUCCAGGGCUCCCCUGCUCCCUUUCCUCCACGUCUUUGCCAGUUUUGGGGGCCAGCCAAUUAAAAUAGAACCAAGGUUCCGUCCAUGUGUCUCUGUGGAACCAAUCAGCAAACCUUUUGGAUGAAAUGCUCUAGCGAUGCUUUCGAGCUAUGGUUUAUUGUCGAUCCAUUUAAAUCUAAAAUUACAGGAAAACCAGAAUUGGAGAGGCAGUGCAUCCCGUGACUUGCUAUUUUUGAUAAGGAAACUCUAAACGUCACUAAACUCUUGCCUUUCUGAGAUGUUUCAUGUUGCUGAACUCCCGGAGGCCCUUCCCGGUGAUGGGAGUAAUUUCUGGGUAUUUGUGAGGGAACAAAAGGACCUCAGCUGACAAAUUCCGUGAGUGCCCUGGUCAUCCUGGCUGGGCUGCUCCUGUGUGAGGUGCAUUGAGUCCUCCCACGUCUUCUCACCCAGACACCUCCCCCACCUGGCUUAGGGCCUUCUGGCCACGUCCCGGGACUCAGAACCCAACCCUCUGUGUGGGUCUGGGUGGGCAGGCGUCGUCCCCCAGGCAGCCCCUCUCUGUGCUCCCAGCCACACCGCUCCACCCAGCAGUAGGUCACCGUGUGUCUCUCCCUCCCUUCCUUGGGAGGCUCCGGUUUCUGAAUUCCUGUCUCAGAGAAGACAGAUGGAUGACCAGAGGCUGGAGAUAGGGGCAGACUCGGCCAGCAGGUUCCCGGGCUCGUGCUCUGGGAAUUCUGGGAAAAACAGAAUUCACUGUACUUUGCAACACAAAUACCCUAGUAAAGAAUGAAGGGGACAGUUGAGUGUGGCUUCAUGAAAUCAUCUGGAGACCACAGAUUCAGGGGGACAAUGAUGGGAUCACGGGAGCCCACCCCUCAGGUCACAGGAAGGGGAACCAGGUUUCUGUCCCCAAGGCCCUGCAGCCACAGAGGCCGGACGGGACCCAGUGUUGGUCUAAAGUCACAUUGCAGGGUCUGGAGCUGGCAGACGCCAAGGGGCACUGCCAAGGGGGCCUGGAAAGACUACUGUGAGGGAGGGAGUGAAAGUACAGGACGUCGGCGUCUGGGGACCCUGAGGGGCUGAGCAGAAAACAAGGGCGUGAGGCUCAUGGUUCAGUGGGGACACCCCCGAACGUGCUGUCCCAUGAAGCCCAGCCAGGAAGAUGUGACAUGGCCCCAUGGGAGCCCCCAGAGCCCUGCCGAACUGUGAAGGCCGUGUUAGGAUUGGGGCCUCGGUGUCUCGCUGCUCCCCGCAGGGUUCUGGCCAAUUGGAAGUGACUGCUGGUGGGCCUGGUUGUUGUGUGGGGUGACGGAUUAUUCUGGAACGAGACAGAGGUGGUGGUUGCACAACAUUGAGAACGCACUAAAUGCCACUGAAUUCUUCACUUUCAAAUGGUAAAUUUUAUGUUAUGUGACUAUAACUGCAAUUAAAAAAAUAAAAGAACUGGGGGCUAACUUGGAGGCCAAAUGUCCAGUAGUUAUGAACAGCAGGCAACCAGCCAAGUGCCUAUGUGUAGUUCAGGCCCAGACAGAGGGCAACUUCAGACUCCUGGAGUCCGUCGGGUCUGGAAGAGGGAGUCGUCACAUGUGCUGGGGGCUUCCAGCCCAAGCCCCACCGUGGCCGGACUGGGACCCAGGGUGUGGAUGGCGUCGGGGUCAGGGUCGGGGUCAGGGUCUGGAUGGGCCUCCAGCAGGUGGACCCGGGGAGACGGGCGUAGUGCCCCUCCAGCCACAGAGAUGCUUAAACUGAAGGGCUUGGACGUCCAGGGAGAAAACCUUGUUCAAAAUCCGUUUUCCACUCAGUGCUAAAAAGAAAUGAGCUCUCAGGGAAGAGACGUAGAGGGACCUUCGGUGCAUGUGACUGAGUGAGAGGAGCCAGUCGGAGACAAUGCACACUGUGUGAUCCCAACGCUGUGACAUUCUGGGAAAGGCAGGACUGUGGGGACAGUGACAAGAUCAGGGAUUGGGGUGGGGCGUGAACAGGCGGAGCACAGAGGGUGUUUAGGGCAGAGGAACGACCCCGUGUGACACAUAAUGACAUACGUGUCAUGACACAUUUGUUCAAACCCACUGAGCGUACACUCCAGACUCUGGUGAUUGUGAUGGGCAGUGUAGCUUCAAUUGUAACAAACGUACUCCACCAAUGCAAGGUCUGAAUAACGGGAAACUGAGGCAGGGGGAGAAGGGGUACAUGGGAACUGUACUUUCUGCACAAUCUUUCUGUAAAUCUAAAAUGGCUCUAGAAAGUAAAGUCUGUAAAUCUUAAAAUACCCAUUUUGCAAGAGAAAGAUUGGGAGCAGGAGGGGACAGGAAGUGGGUCUCAUGUGGGGUGUGUUGGGGCGCUGAGUGGCCCUGGGCAUGGGGACGUUCCAGGAUCAUCUGGGCAUAGACAGGCUGGCCCGAUGGCACACGCUAGACAUCUGCUGCUGCUGUUUGUGCUGCCUGUGUUCCUGGCGCUGAAGAGAUACAUGCCACCGUCCCACAAGGGGAUCGGCGAGCCCUGCAAAGAACACUUGGAAUGCCAGAGUGGCUGCUGUGCAGUCAACAGCCUGAACCCACAGAAGUUCUGCACGGCCCAGACCUUCUUCCUACAUUGCCUGUCCUGGCAAAAGCCCACCGGGCACUCGUGCUUGGACCACGGGGAGUGUCAGAGCAGCUGCUGCGUCACCAACAGCAACAGCGCGCUCCGCUUCUGCAUGCCCAGAACCAUCUUCUACCAGUGCCUGCAGUGGCGCAAGCCAAAUGGGGCCUUGUGCAGUGACCACAGUGAGUGCAGGUCCAAGUGCUGCAUCCUGCUCACCGAGGUCAGCCCCCCACGUUGCAUCCCCCGCAGCGGGAUCCUCGCCCAGUGCCUGCCGCUGUGAUAUGGGCAGGAAUCUGCGCCCUGAAGAACCAGACAGGACUGUACGGACAUCCACUCUGGGUCUCGUCAUGCAUGAGUUACGGGAGCUCGUGCGUGUUGCUGGGACCAGCAAUG